AUGGACCUAAAUCAGCAGGGGCUGGAAGAUCUUGUUAUCCAGAAACAACCAGCCAUGGCUUGGGAUCCUGGUCCAGAGCAAUCAAGUAGGAAUUACGGCAAGGAUGAAGGAAAGAGAAAGCAAGAAUGGAGAGAAGAAACAGGAGGAGGAGAAAAAGAAGAGGAAGUAGAAAAGGAAUUGGAAGAGGAACAGAAAAAAGAAAAGAAAAAGGAAA